ACUUUUCAACAAGGCUUCUUCGGCUAAAUUAUAAUCAUAGUCUUCUUCAGAUUUGUAUAUGCACACAUUUACCUUCAAGCUUCAGUUUAUUUAUUGCAGGCAGGUGUGAUGUGGUUACUGAUCAAUUUGAAAUAGACUUUAGGGAUUUACUCAUCCAUUCUAAGUGUUUUGGCUGACCAACAUCUCACCACCAUGGAGGAAGUUGACAAAAUUAUUCUCAACUCUUUGAAGGAAAUAAAUUGUGAACUAGAAGAAGAUGUCAAGCUGUUGAGACAUUUAUCAAGUGAAAAUAUUAUUGCUGGUUUUGCACGAUGCUUGAAUCUGAUCAACCCAUCAUUAAACUUAUCGACGCAGUUACCCCCUUCCAUGUCUGAGCGUUUUAAAUUGGGAGCCUCAAUAGCUAAUGCUAUCAAGGAACUUGGAUACAAAGAUGAGAUAGGCUACCAGACCCUCUUGUACUCAAAUGAAAUUGAAAUUAGACGUUUGUUCACCUUCGUAAUUGAAAAACUGCCAAGAGAAAAAGAAUCUAACGUUGAUGGAGGAAGGAUAUCCACAUUCCAACAAGAUAUCAGCAAUGCGGUGAAAUUAUCUCUUGGGGGUGCAAAACCUUGUUUGCAUCACAGGGUACCCUUUCUCAGCGUUCCUCUAGAGACUGGAGUUUCCCUGCCAGGAGUAAAGAGGGAUGUUUCUCCUCAAG